AGGACGGAACUGUGUCCGGCGGCGUUUCCCCCCGGACGCUUUUUGCGGUUGCACACGGAUGGAGCGAGGCGGUGCGGCUGCUUGGCGAUAAGCUGUUUUUAUCAAGAGUUGUUCAGGAGGACGGCGACGCCAUGGAGCCUCAGACGAAGCGGAGGAAGGGUUGCGAGUCCGAGUCCGACUCCUGGGCGGCCUACCCGGUGCUGUCGGACGCGCAGUCGGAGGAGGUGGAGCUGGUGGAGGCGUUCGCGGCGCCCAUCCUGGACCGGAAGGCCACGUCGCGGCUGGUGGGCCGGCUGAACAGCCUCUACCCGCUCAGCGGCCUGCAGCACGUCAAGAGGGUCCGGGCCCGGCGGGACCGGGCCGGCCCGAACCCGCUGGAGGUUCUGCUGUGCCUGACCCGGGACGCGCCGGCCGUGGAGGAGCCCAGCGUGGCGGCCCUGCUGCCCGCGGCCGGAGACGCGUGGGACGCGCUGGGCGAGCCGUUCGUGGUGCGGAUCCCGGCGCGCCCCCCGCUGACCCGGCCCCAGUUCGAGCUGGCGAGCCGGCGCUGGCCCACGACCUUCCACGAAGACAAGCGGGUCACGGCGGCGCUGCAGGGCGAGCUCUUCACCGCCCGACAGAAAGCCGCCAUGCAGCGCUUCAUGGCCGCCGCCGUGGCGGCCGGCAGGGCGGCGGGCCGGCGGGGGGCGGAGCCGGUGGGCGCGGUGGUGGUGGACCCGGCGGAGGAGCGGGUCGUGGCCGUGGGUCAGGACCGCAGACGGGACCACCCGCUGCGUCACGCCGUCAUGGUGGCCAUCGAGCUGGUGGCGCAGAGCCAGGGGGGCGGCGGCGGCUCCGGUGCCGCGGCGCCGUACCUCUGCACCGGCUACGACCUGUACGUCACCAGGGAGCCGUGCGUCAUGUGCGCCAUGGCGCUGGUCCACUCCCGCGUCGGCCGCGUCUUCUACGGCGCCGCCGCCGCCCACGGAGCUUUAGGGACGAGAUUCAAACUCCACGCGCAGAAAGACCUGAACCACCGCUUCCAGGUUUACAGCGGCGUCCUGCGGCGGGACUGUGAGGAUCUGGACCGCAGGCAGAACCGGGACAGAACCGAGGUUCUGAAGCCGGAGCCAGAACAACACGCUCUGAACUAAAACACUUUUUACUUUGAGUAAAGUUUGAAUCUUUUGGUGUUUAGGUCCGAUACGUCCAAGAUCCGGUUCUGGAGGACCUCCAGCCGGGUCCACCUUCCUGGUUCUGUAGAGCCAGCUGUGCGCUCUGGAAGAACAUUUUCAUUGUUGUUUAAUAAAGAUUCUUUUAAGCAGG